GUCUCUUCCGAUAACCCCAUUGGUUGGAAAAAUACCAAAUUAUUGUUCAAUUCCCGCUUUUAGAUUCUCACACAAAAAAGGCUUUUUAUUAACAUAUUAUGACAAGUACAGAUAAUAGCCACUUCAAGCUGAAGAACCCAACAGAGUAUCAUUUACUGGCAUCAUCUCAAACAAUAGCCGAGCCGCAGCACUUUUUACAGGACGAUUUUUCAGACUGUUUUACAACACAAGGCCAUUUUUUAUCACCGUCGCCAACGCUUCAUGAUUUCGAGGACACGGAAUCCUUUGUGAAUGGAUCGUCUAUUGGUAAUAUGAUGAUUCAUCAAGCACAGCCAUUUUUUGGUGCCAAUCAAGAGUCACCUUCUGAUUAUAGCUCUUCUACCGAUUUUCUUUCUCACCCACAACCUUCUUCCUUUUUGAUGGACUUUCAUCAACAACCGUUUUCUGCUCCUGCUCAUAUGGGUUAUAGUAAUCCUCUAUUGUCUUCUUCUUCAAGUCAUAUUAAUAUGGCGGCUUAUCACCAACCGCCUGAGCCACGUAGUCUGGAAGAGUACGAAUCUAUUCAAAUAAACCACCAACUGAUUUCAGAAAAAAAGCGCCGCAGAAGAGAAUCUCAUAACGCAGUGGAGAGAAGAAGGAGGGAAAAUAUUAAUGAUCGCAUACAAGAAUUAGGCACGAUGUUGCCUGAAAUCAUGCUUGAAGAACUAGCUAGUAGUGUAAAUAUAAAUGGCGGCAACAACAAUAAACCUAAUAAGGGAGCCAUUUUAAGAAAAUCAGUAGAUCACAUCCGUAUUCUACAACAAGAAGUGACCAAUCAUAAAUUGCGUAUAUAUGAAUUGGAAAGACAACUGGCUAGUUUCUCUUUAUAAGAACAGAAAUUCAUUACUAUCAUAUAUCCCCCCCCCCCCAACAACCCCCUUUUCCUCUAUUCUUUUUUUUUUUCUUCCCACUGUACAUAUUUACUAAAUAAAGUUAUUUUAACUCUU